AGUGGUUCUACAAUGUUUGACGGAACAUAAGAUAAUUGUCGCGACAAUGUAGGGUUAAAUACGAGGAACUUAAUAAUUAUUUAUACUCUUGAUGAACGCACCAAAAAUACAGUGCUAUACAUUUAAUGAACUAUUGCUCAGUACAAAGUGAUUUUUAUAAGUUUUUCUACACUUCCGUUAUAAUAGGACGUAGAACCUCACAAAAUUAUUAUCUUCGUUAGAGAUAUGGUUCGAUAUUUAAUAUCCAACGUAUCUACACAGUGAUCAAAGGGUAGACCAGAGGUAGAUCAAGGGGGUAAUUAAAAUAUUAUAGAAGUAGAAUAAAGGGAGGGAAAUGUCAACCCUUUGUCGUAUGACUGCUCAUAAUUAAUAUUACUGGCGAACCGGAAGGCAACAAAAGGAAUAAUAAAUUCCUUAAUGUUGAGUUAAUUCCUUAAUGUAGAGUUAAUUUUGGAAUAAAGGAAGACUCACUUAUUUUCACUUAGAGGAAGAAGCGAUAGCGGCACGUGAGGUAGUUAUUAUUAUUGCAAGCACGAGCAAUUGAAGUUUCAAUUUCUCACAUCACGCUGCAUUUUCGUCAAGAUAUUCCCGACUUACCGCGAAUGUGCGACACGAAAGGAAUGGAUUUCAAAAAUGUGAAUCUUUUUAAUAGUCGAGUGAACGUGCUCUCGGGGAAUUUAUUGCCGAUAGCAGCCGACAAUUCACAGCUCUCAGUAAUCUGGCGUAUUUACGGCGCCGUAGUAUGGUUGAUAGAAUUAAUCUACACGGUCGCGCUGAUCUUCGGGGUUAUCCUGGCGCCGGGCGACAAGGGUCUGAAGGACGGCACCGUCGCUGUCGUGGUCGUCAUAGAGGCGUCUUUCAUGCUUACGCGUCUCUACUCGCGCAAGAAGCUGAUGGAAGAAAUGAUUCGGAAGAUGAACGAUAUCCUGCAAAACGCGGACGAAAUUAUGGAGGAUGUCGUAAAAUCGGCCAUAAAGCCCAUAAUAAUGCCGUUCUUAAUAUAUGGAGUGACCAGCGCGUUAUCUAUCACGAUAUGGACCAUACAGCCGAUUGUGUUGGUAUUCGAGAAAUCCACGUUUUUCUACGAAGACUACCAAUUGCCAACCGCUUUUACCACCGAACCGUUCUCCAGCCGCGUUCUGAUUUCCUCGACCAUUUUUAUGACAAUUGGCAGCAUUUACUCGUUCCUGCAGAAAUUCGGCGUAGAUGUGUACAUGAUGCAUCUGGUAUUAAUGUUAACGGCGCAGUAUCGAUAUACGGCGGCAAAGCUCUCGAUAUUAUUUCAAGACUUACAGAAUUAUCACGACAAAUCUCAAAAAGGACAUUAUCGUUUGAAAGAUCGAUCGACGGAGGAAGAAUUAAGAAAAUUGUGCCUGCAUCAAAAUACUGUUUUACGCAUGUCAGUUAUAUUAAAGAAAGUUUUGUCUGUGAACUUCAGUCUACUCUAUAUCAAUAAUGUACUUCGAUUCUGUUUUAUAGGUAUCUUACUAAGUUCAGUACCAUCAAUGAGUUUUACAGAAGCAAUUUCGGUUACGUCAUUUGCAAUCGGUUCACUAACGCAAUUUUUUUUGUUGUGUUCUUCCGUACAAACAUUAUCAGACGCAAGUACCGAAAUAACAGAUAAAGCAUUUGAUGAAAGCUGGUAUCAAUAUGGACUAUCAAUGAAACGUAUAUUUAUGUUAUUGAUAAUGUCUAACAAUCUAGAAUGCAGAAUUGCAGCGAUUGGAAAGUUUAAUCUGUCUCUGCCUUCAUUUAUGACGAUCAUGAACCAAUCAUAUUCAAUCGCCCUUCUAUUUUUAAGAGCGAAAUGAAAAAAACAUUUU